UCUCUGUGUGUGUGUCUCUCUCUCUCCCUCUCUCAGCUCACAGGGACAGAGAGGAGAGCGAUGCGAAGGGAUGUAAGAUGGCAGAGCUACAAAUGCUACUAGAGGAGGAGAUCCCCGCCGGCAAGAGAGCGCUUGUGGAGAGCUACCAGAACCUGUCCCGGGUGGCGGAGUACUGUGAAAACAACUAUGUCCAGGCCCAAGACAAGAAGAAGGCCCUGGAGGAGACCAAGGCCUACACCACCCAGUCUCUGGCCAGUGUGGCCUACCAGAUCAAUGCCUUAGCUAACAAUGUGCUGCAGCUGCUGGACAUCCAGGCCUCGCAACUACGACGCAUGGAGUCCUCCAUCAACCACAUCUCCCAGACAGUGGACAUUCAUAAAGAGAAGGUGGCACGCCGGGAGAUCGGCAUCCUGACCACCAAUAAAAACACCUCUCGCACCCACAAGAUCAUCGCUCCCGGCAACAUGGAGCGGCCGGUGCGCUACAUCCGAAAGCCCAUCGACUACACGCUGCUGGAUGAUGUGGGUCACGGCGUCAAAUGGCUUAAAGCCAAGCAACAUGGGAACAAUGCAGCAGGGCGAGGAGGGACACUCGCUAGGACCAACCCCCCGACACAGAAGCCCCCAAGUCCUCCCAUGGCUGGUCGUGGUACCCUGGGGCGUAACACUCCCUACAAGACACUGGAGCCUGUGAAGCCCCCAGUGGUGCCUAACGACUACAUGACGAGCCCAGCGCGACUGGGCAGCCAGCACAGCCCUGCACGCACAGCCUCGCUCAACCAGAGGCCCAGGACACACAGUGGCAGCAGUGGGGGCAGUGGCGGCAGGGAGAACAGUGGAGGCAGUGCAGUCAGUCUCCCUCUGGCAGUUCCCACCCCCUCCCCUCCCAGUUUGGGGCAAGUAGCGACAUCCUCAGCCUCAGUGCCCCAGGGCCCCGGCUUGGGUCCCAUCCCCAUGUCCCAGUUCGGCACCAUCUCCCGCCAGAUCUCCCGUCACUCCUCCACCACCUCCUCGGCCUCCAUGGUGUCAGCCACUGGCACCUACCGCCGCGCACCUUCCGUCUCCUCCCAGCAGCCUCACGUCAACGGGGGCCCUGCUUACACACAGAACACAAUGUCUGUGGCUCCUCCGCCUCCUCCUCCCAUGGUCCAGCUGACCCCACAGAUCCCACUGACCGGCUUUGUAGCCAGAAUGCAGGAAAGCAUAACAGACAGCCCCGCCCCGCCUCCCCCUCCUCCACCCGAGGACAUGGGAGUGUUUGAGGAACGCUCUCCUCCUCCUCCUCCCCCACCUGUGGACUACGAGGAAGAGGAUGCAUCAGUGGUCCAAUACAGUGACCCCUACGCUGACGGAGACCCCCAAUGGGCCCCCAAGAUUUAUUUAGAGAAAGUUGUGGCCAUCUACGACUACAGCAAGGACAAGGAGGAUGAGCUGUCCUUCAUGGAGGGAGCCAUCAUCUACAUAAUCAAGAAGAACGAUGACGGCUGGUAUGAAGGCGUCGCCAACGGCGUCACCGGACUCUUCCCAGGAAACUAUGUGGAGUCCAUCAUGCACUAUGCUGACUAAAAAGAGCAGGAAACAUAAGCAGUACUGCAGUUUGGAGCACAGAUCAAACCCUGAAGAUGUACAGAUGUAUGCAGUGCAGCAAUAGCAUUCAUUCAACUCCUGUUUUCAAUGAAGUGCCAUGGUGAAGUCUUUGGAAUAUACUAAAUGCUUUUCUUUUAGGGGAGCUCGUGCUUCCACGGUUUUGUUCCAAAAGAAAAAAAGUCCGAAUGAAGGAGGGUGGUGAAGCUUUGGAUGAAUGUGGUCUGUUCGUUUACACUGUGGAAGACAAGCAGAAGAUAAACCCCUUCGUUUCUACUGCUGUCACGCCUGUGGCGGUCGGUUGGACUCUUCAGACCGGGUCACAUUUUGCCUCACAAUAAAUUACAAUGAAUGAAAAUCGUUUCAGAGAACACCAUACAAAUAUGGAUGUAGUGUUACUUUGGGUAUGUGCAACCAACGCUUCCAGUAUUUAUUGCACACAGUAUACAACUGAGAUUUAAAGCCACAUGGAAGAAACAAAAAAUCUGAGAUUUCGAGAUAAUAUUUCAAGGAAAAACACCUUUUUUAUUGAAGGAAAAAGCAGUAAGGAGAAUCCAAAGUCUUGUACCAAUCUCAGUGGUUCUUGAAAAUUGAAAUCCCUCCGAAUAUCAUAUAAAAAACCUUGCAGUCAAUCACUAAUAAACAUUUUCUCCUCGACAAAGAUUUUAUUCUUGUAAUAAUACAACUUCCCUCGUAACAUUACAACUGUAUUCAUGGAUAUUAAGAUUUUUAUUUGAAAUGUUAUGACAUUAAUCUUGUAAUACUACAAUUUUUUCCUAUUACAACUUAAUUCUCUUGAUCUCAGAUUCUUUUCCUUUACGUGGCCUAAUACUCUGUAGUAGCAGUCGAUCCGACAGUGAAGUAUUACCACACUUUGAACAGAUGAGGCAGUGUAGCAUGGUUAUGCCAAAAUGCUCCACAGACUGUAGACCAGCAGACCAACUCCUCCCUCCUUUCAAGAACAUCCAUCUCUUCUUCUCCUCAUCAACAAAAAAAAAAGACUGUAAGGACACACAAACAUCAACAAGUGCAUUAGGACACGACUGAAUGUCCCAUGCUGUCGAUGUCCAAAUCACAAGAUGUUUAAGACGUGGGUUGAACAAAGCAACCUGGCGUUGUGUAUCUACUAUGCUCUGGUGAGGACGCUGUUAUAAGGGUGAAGUGAGUGUAUAAAAUGCAUUACAAAAAAAAAAGAAAGAAACCUUUCUUCUUUUUUCAGUUUCUUUCCGUUCUCUAACGGUGACGUGUAUAUAGACUAAUGUGAGAAGCUGCCAGUACAGUACAUUUGUCAGUUAGUGUGUUUCACCUGUGAGUUGCCAUCAGCAUCAGUGGAGGUGGUGCCAAGAUAGUUUUUUAAUUUUUUCAUUGAAUAUUAAUUUCAUUCAUCACUCACAGUGCCAUUUUAACUUCACCCAGGCGGAGUGGCUGUGUACAAACAUUUAUUUUUCUGUGAAGUCACAGUUUUAUCUUUUCAAUCACUGGCACUUUUUUUGCCGAUGCUGUCCAGCUACUGUAGCAGAGUGCCGACAUGUUUCUUGCUUCAGAACGAGAAGCAGAGAAAGAAGGACUAACUCGUAUGUUUUCAUGUUUUCCAUUGUGUUGGAAUAGCUGCACUGAUUAGUUAUCGACGACUGUGAGGACUUGGCUCUUGUUGCAACAUAACAGUUGCUCUCUGAGGAGUAUUUUUACAUGUGUUGUCGUUUUCUGCUGCUUUGCGGUUGAUGGUGUGGUGCUUCACAUCGGUGCUCAAUAACCACAAUCACCAUUACAGACAACCUCAAAACACAGCCGCUCUACAUAGAAAUGUAACAGAGGGUUUCAGUGUCCUUAUUUAGUUCCAGAAGGUGAACAUACUGAUCUCCUAUCACUUCUACAUGAAUGUAGGUGACUCAGCAGCAAUGUACUACAGCUAUAAUCAGUCUGCUACUAAUGUUCUCAUGUCCAGAGUCUGUACCACACGUGAAUGACACCUGUUAUCUGCGGUAAAGGAAUGAAAAGCAAAUCCCGAGGGCUUAAAAACAGUGCUGAUGUGAGGACCUGUUUUCUUUUCUUUUCUACUGCUUUUGCAAAAUAGGAUUCCUGCUCUUACAAAGUGAUUGUCGGUGCAAGUAAAACUCGCUGUCAAAUAUCAUCAAAGCUAAUGCUCAUCUCAGAAUACUGUACAUGUUUCCAACAGCUGAACAUAAUCAUAUGUACUUAAUGAGCCUUGGACGUGAACUUUUAUUGUGAAAAUGGAUUCCGAGGAAACAUUUUCAGGUUUCUGCACACGAGAAAAGACGACAGCUCGGUCAAAUCCACAGUAUUUCAUUGAGCCUCCGUGCAUGAAAGUAUCUAAACGCCAUUACAGUGAAUGAUCUGCCACUACAUCCCAUCGUUGAUUGUAUUCUUUCCAUCAUGAGGUCAAUUUGUUUGUGAGGAAAACAACAUUUUUCUACUUACUGUCUUUCUAGCUUUGCAUUCAACUUGUUCUUAUGUCUGAGACUGCUGAGGGAGGUCCGUUAGCAGUUUGUAUGUAAAGGAUUUAUUUAUACUUUUUUCAUAGAGAAAUCAUGAGACAACCACUGAUGUGCAGAACUUUGUAAUGUUUACCACUUAACGUCUUGCAUUUCAGGGCAUCACAGGUCAAGGCGCCUUUCUUUGAUAUGUGUUUUCUUAUGAUCAAAAGUUGGGGGAUCCACAAGUUCAAUGUUCAUGGGAACAUAAUUCAAUAUUUGUCUUCUCAGUUUGUACAUAGAAUGUGUUCAUUGAAAUUUAUGUACAGUCUUUUUGUAAUAAACAGCUCAUUGAAACAACGGA